AUGGUGUUGGAGUUGUUGAAAAAUAAUUAUGAAAGAAACGACGCGCACUAUUAUAAUGAAAAAGUUGAAAAUAAUACUAGCAAGAAGAAGAAAAAGAAAAAGAAGAAACCUAUAUUAGUAGAGGAAAGUGAAAAGGAUUAUAGAGAUUUAGAUAGUGAAAAUAAUGAAGAAACGCAUAAUGCUUAUGAACGAAUAAAAACUAAGCCAAAUAAUAUAUAUGAAGAAAAGCAUAAUUUUUCGUUUCAAAAUUUAGAUAAAAAAGGUAUUCGAGAAAAAAUCAAUAUGAGAGAAUCAUAUAGGAAUUCAAAAGAUAUUAUUCAAUAUGGAACAAAUGAAAACGAUAUAUUUACAGAGGACAUGUUUGAAAAUGAUAAUUUUGAUGAUGAUAGUUUUGUUGAAGAUGAUACUAUGGAUUAUAAGACAUACAAUUCGUAUACAAAACCAGAGUUUAAUUUAUUUGGUCGAUAUUCAAGCGAAAAUAUAAAAAAAAAUAUUAUGAAUAAUAAAAAAUAUAAAAACAACAGUGAAUAUUCAAAACAAGCGAAUGAGCACGAUGCAAACAUAAUCCAAUUUUUGAAUAAUAAUAAAAAAAGCAUGGAUUAUGGUAAAACAAAAGAUAUUAAUUUCAAAAAAAAUGAUUCACACAAUUAUUCUGAUAGCAAUAAAUACAAAAAUGAAUUUUUUAAAAAUUAUAAUUAUGAUAAUAAAUAUACAAAUAAUUAUGCACGUGACAAGAAUCGAGAUAGCAACAGUAACUAUUAUGCAGACGGAAAUGAAACAAAAGAUAAUCAGGAGGAAGAUGAUGAUACAGAUGAUACUUAUGAUGAUAAUGAAGAAGAUGAUGAUAGCAGAGGUGACAAUGAUGAUUAUUGCCAAUCUAGUCGCUGUGAAGUGGAAUCUGACACCAACCAAAUAAGGUCAAAUGAAAAAAGGUACAACGAAAGUAUUAAACAUAUCAAUGAGAGUAAUUUAAAACUAAAUAAGGAGUCGUUACUAAAAAGGGAAACUUAUACUAAAAAAGAUAAUAUAUUUUAUAUUAAAAAGGAUAUUAUACCAUACAAAAAAGAACAUAACAGUAACACAUUUUCCUUAUAUAAUAAUUCGAAAAAUAGUAAUGAACAUAAUAAUUAUGAAACCAAAUUUAUGAAUUAUAAACAAGAUGCUGAAAAGGAAGAUGAAAAAUGCUUAAAGAAUAUAAAAAAGGAGAGGAAUGAUGAAUUUUUAAAAAAAUAUAUGUAUGAAAAUGCUUUAAAGAAAACAUAUUCGAGCAAAGAUUUACAGUUCAAUAGAUUAAAUGGCGAAAAAAAUAUAUUACAUCAUGAUAUUAAUGUUGAUAAUAAAGUUUUCAGAUUAGAUAAAUACGAACGCAACAACAUACAAGGUAUAAGCAAUAAAACGAAUAAGUACAACAUGCUUGGAAAUGAUACUAGUGAAUGUAACAAAAUAAGAUGUAAAGAUGAAAUAAAAAACUAUAGCGAAUAUGCAAAUAAAUACUUGACAGGAAAUAUAUAUGAAGAAGACGAUAGCUACAUAUUGAAAAGGAAAGAACUAGGACAUAAUGAGCUAAAAGUUAUUGACAAUGCCAUUUUAAAUAUUAAUCCUGACGAUAAGAAAAAAACACAUAUUAAAAGUUUCUUAGAUAAAAUAAAGUAUCGAAAGAAUAAUGAAUUAUUUUUAAAAAAUGAGCAUGAGAAAUAUGCAGAAAUACAAGAAACAAAUAAAAAAGACAAGAUCAAAAUGAAAUUUGCAGAUAUUUUACAUACAAAAAAUUUGAGUAAUUUUUUUCAUCGAGGAAAAGAUAGUAUUGCAAAAUCUUUAUCACCUAAUAAUAAUAAAAGGAAUACUAGUUUCAAUAACGAAGCUUUUAACUUAAAAAUCUUAGAAAAAAAGGAUAAGAACUUGGAUUAUAAACAAUAUGAUAUAAAGUGUUUCCCAUAUGACCAUGAAAAUACUUCUUUUCAUCCGUCAGUAAGAGAAGAAACGAAGUAUUAUGAAAAUAAAGAAUCCCGAAAAAGAUUAGACUAUAAUUAUGAUGAAGACAAUUAUAUAGAGAAUAAUAUUCGAAGAUAUCCUGAAAAUAAUAUCGAUUAUAAUUCAAUUAAUAUUGAAAGAACAAUUAACCUAAGAGAAGAUAUGAAAUAUAAUGAAUUGCUAAAUAAACCAGAUAAGAUAGAUUCUGAACAUUUUUCAAAUAAUUUCCACGAUAAUAAACAAAAAGGCAUAAAAAAUGUCGAUAGUAACAAAAUUCGGGACACAAAUAAACUUUAUUCCCACGCUAAUUCAUCAAACACGUUGAGAAACAGUUAUAUAAAAAAGGAGUCUACCGGAAAAAUAUUUGAUAUAUUAGAAAGUAAUUCUAAUAAUAUGAGGAAAUUUAUAGACAAAAUGAAUUAUUAUACAAAAAAAUACGAACAAAAUUUAUAUAAAAACGAUGAAAAUAUUUAUAUAAAAGAAAGCAAGCUUCCUGAUACCAGACAAGCACUUUAUAGCAAAAAUGAUUCCCCUAUGAAAAUAAUCGAUGAAAUAAAAGACUCACAAUAUGAAAACUAUAACAGAAUAAAAUAUAAUCUAAAAAUGAAACAAAAAAAACGAGACGAAGAAGAUGAAACAGAUACAAAUAUAGACAAAAAAUUAAUCCGAAAGAUGAUUGAAAAUAAUAAAUUAAAGGACCAAAAUGAAAGUAAUGAUGAACUUAUAGUUACACCAUUUUAUAUCAAAAGCAAAAUUGAUAAAGUGUUAAAAAACUCAGAAAUUUUCGAGAGAUCAGCAAGAGCAACAUUUAAACAAUUUGACGUUAAAAAUAAAAACUUUUUGCAUUUUUCUGAGAUAGAAUCAUUGAUACAAAAGUUGUGUUAUAAUUUGGAGCUACCUCCCGUUGAUAAAAAAAUACUAUCCAUUGUUUACAAAGAUUAUGACAGUAGCAAAAAUAAUUGUAUGAAUUACAUGGAUUUCCGUCAAAUGUAUUGGGAUUUAUUAAAACAAAUAAAAAAGAAAUAUUACCCAACUAAGAAUUUUAAAAUAAAAAGAAAUUGUAUUAUAAGCAGAAAAAAACUACAGGGAUAUGAUUAUUCGUCUAUAUAUAAUUAUUUAAGUUUUAAGAAAAUUCUUGGAUGUGGCGCUUUUGGUGAAGUGCAUUUAGUUGAAGACAACAUUUGUAAGCUUUACAAAGUUGUUAAAAUAUUAAAAAAAAAAAAGAUGAAAAAUAUUAAAGUAAAUGAAGAAAUCAACGUAUUAAUAUAUUUAGAUCAUCCCAAUAUAAUUAAAAUUUUUGAUGUGUAUGAGACUGUCAAUUGCACAUAUAUUGUUAUGGAAUUAUGUGAAGGGGGAGAAUUGAUGAACAAAAUUAAAAAACCCGAAAAUUUUAGUGAAAAUUAUAUAAAAAAUAUAAUGUUUCAAAUUCUAUGUGCAAUAGCAUAUAUGCAUAGUAAUAAUAUAGCUCAUAAAGAUUUAAAACCAGAAAAUAUUUUAUUUAAAACAGACGGUUAUGAUACUUUAAAAAUAAUCGAUUUUGGUUUAGCAGAAUUGAUUAAUAAAUCUGAAGGUAUAAGUAAAACCGCUGCAGGAACAGUUUUAUAUAUGGCUCCAGAAGUAUUUAAAAAAAAAUUUACAAUUAAAUGCGAUAUAUGGUCUGCGGGAGUAAUUAUGUAUUUUUUAUUUACAAAAAAUUUGCCUUUUACCGGAAGUACAUAUGACGAAGUAAAACAAAGUAUAUUUAACAAUGAACCCGAUUACCAAUCUUUAAAGCUUAAAAUGUCAAAACCAGCAUUACAUUUGUUGAAACUCAUGCUCGAGAAGGAUUAUAACAAAAGGCCAAUGGCUGCAGUGCUAUUACACCAUCCAUGGUUUCAAGGUUAUUUUGAUCCUAUUGAUAUUUUACCAAGCACCCUCAAUAAUAUAAAAUCGUAUAUGAAGCACUCGAAUAUAAGAAAUGCCAUAGUUAAUAUAAUGGCUCAUGAAUUAUGUGUAAUAAAUAAUAAUGUAAAAUAUAUAAAUGACAUUUUUUUAAAAAUAGAUAUGAAUCAUAAUGGCUCACUAAGCCAUAGAGAAAUAUAUAAUGUUUUGUCAAAUGCUGGAAUAAAAAAAUGGGAUAUUAACAGAAUUAUUCAAGCCUUGGAUGUAAAUGACAAGGGAUGUAUAACAUACACAGAAUUUAUUGCCGGGUGCUAUCGAUGGAAAAACAUAGAAUCCACAUUUCUAAAGGCAGCAUUCAAUAAGAUAGACAAGGACGAAGAUGGGUAUAUUAGUAAAAGUGAUCUUGUCACAUUAGUUCAUGACAAUGAUGCUAAUAAUAAUGAUAUAGAUAAUUUUUUCAUUUCUGUGCAUAGUAUUAAAAAAAGCAUAACUAAGGACAAGAAGAUAAAUAAAAUAAGUUUUGAAGAUUUUAAGGAUUACAUGCUGAGCACAUUUUGA